CCAGACACCACUUUCUUCACACAGCACAACCCCCUAAAAAGAGAGCUGAGGAGGGAGAGGCUGCACGAGAGAUAAGCAGAGUUGGUCUCAGGAUGCCUGCAUAUGCCACCAACAUGAGGACAAAGUUCCCCAUCAUAGCCUUGAUUUUGGAGAUUAUCACCAUCAUCCUAUUUGCGGUAUUUGUCGUCUAUGAUGAUGGGGAACAUGGACACCAUGACUCACACGACACCCACAAUAACACUGACCAUAAAUUGGAGCCUAUGGACCUCUACCCCAUGUUUCAGGACGUCCACGUGAUGAUCUUCAUUGGCUUCGGGUUCCUGAUGACAUUUCUCAAGAGAUACGGGUUCAGCAGUGUGGGCAUCAACUUGCUCCUGGCUGCCUUCGGCCUGCAGUGGGGCCUCCUCAUGCAGGGCAUCUGGCACCUGGAAGGGGGCAAGAUUAAAGUCAGCAUUUUGAAAAUAAUCAAUGCAGAUUUCAGCACAGCUACGGUCCUGAUUUCAUUUGGCGCCGUUCUGGGUAAAACCAGCCCUGUGCAGCUCCUCAUCAUGACCAUACUGGAGAUCACCAUCUUUUCCGUCAAUGAGCAUCUGGUGGUUGCUAUCAUGGAAGCUAGUGAUGUUGGAGCAUCUAUGAUCAUCCAUGCUUACGGAGCCUACUUUGGCUUGGCAGUGGCUCGAGUACUUUACAGACCAGGUUUAAGAAAUGGACAUGAGAACGAUGGAUCUGUUUAUCACUCUGAUAUGUUUGCUAUGAUCGGAACCAUCUUCUUGUGGAUGUUCUGGCCCAGCUUUAACUCAGCCAUCGCUGAACCACCGUUGAGCUACACUCAGCUCACUGCAGUGAUCAACACCUACCUCUCCCUGGCCGCCUGCGUGCUCUCUGCCUAUGCCAUCUCCAGCCUGGUGGAGCACAAAGGAAAACUGGACAUGGUGCACAUUCAGAACGCCACCUUGGCUGGUGGUGUUGCAGUGGGAACAUGUGCUGACAUGAGCAUCGGGCCAUUUGGAGCCAUGCUGAUUGGGCUCGUAGCUGGCAUUAUCUCCACCCUGGGAUUCAAAUACCUAAAUCCUAUACUGGCAUCCAACCUGGGUAUCCAGGAUACCUGCGGUGUCCACAAUCUGCAUGGCUUGCCUGGCAUCCUGGGCGGGCUGGCUGGAAUUGUGGCUGCAGCUUUGGGGAAAAAAGACGGUGCUAGCGCUACCAUGCAAGCUGCUGCCUUGGGUUCAUCCCUCGGGUUCGCUUUGGUUGGGGGUACUAUUACAGGUCUAAUAAUGAAGUUGCCUUUCUGGGGACAACCUCCAGACCAGAACUGCUUCGAUGACUCUAUUUACUGGGAGGUUCCUAAUGAGGAGGAAGAGAACGAGGAGAGCCUGGCUCACGGAGAUCAAUCAAAGCACAAAGCAGAUGUUUAAACAAUUGCCCACGAUUUUGCCUUAGCUAUAAAUGAAGACGUUUUUU